AUGCCUACUUUCUACAAGAGGAAAGGAACUUCUGGGCGAGGAGAAUGGACCGAAGAUGGUUUGAAGAAUGCUGUGAAAGCUGUCGAAGAGAAGAAGAUGGGAGUGAAUGCAGCAGCUACAGCUUUUGGAGUUCCAAAGACUACUUUAAAACGGCGCCUCAAAUCCCAGAAUUUCGAUAAGGGCUCCAUGGGGAAAAGUUCUUUGUUGGGAAUUGAAAAUGAGAAAAAAAUUGUUGGACACAUUAAAAAACUCCAAUCGCGAGGGUUCACUCCAACAAGGGACUCUGUACGCUCCAUGGCUUACUAUCUUGCUGAGAACCUGAAAUUGAAGCACAAUUUCAGUCACGAGAAGAAGCAGGCAGGCUAUGACUGGUUGUCUUCUUUUCUUGCUCGUAACUCUGAACUUUCCAUCAGACAAUCCGAAGGAGUCUCACUAGCAAGAGUAAAGGGCUUAAAUAAAAUAGUUGUAAAAGAAUAUUUUGAGCUCUUGAAAAAUGUUAUUGAAUCAAACGGUCUCAUUGACAAACCAGGAAAUAUUUUUAAUAUGGACGAAACGGGUUUACAACUCAACAACAAACCUGGGAAAGUUGUUGCCUUGAAAGGUUCGAAAAAUGUGACAUCUGUCACAUCUGGAGAGAAAGGAGAGACUAUUUCUUUAUUAGCGUGUGUUAAUGGAGAAGGCACAUUCUUGCCACCUUUUUGUAUAAUGAAAGGGAAAAAUUUGAAGCAGGAGUUUUGUGAUGGUUUGCCACCUGGUGCAGAAGUGAAGAUGUCUCCCAAGUCUGGCUAUGUGAAUAGUGAGAUUUUUUUUGAUUGGCUGAAGAAUCAUUUUACGCCUAGGAAACCAGCAGGAAAAGUUCUUCUGCUAUUGGACGGCCACACGUCGCACACGAGUUGCAUUGAAAUGCUGGAGUUUGCGGAAGAAAAUAAUAUACUUCUGAUGAGCAUUCCACCUCAUACUAGCCACUGGCUUCAGCCGUUGGACCGCGCAUUUUUCAAGUCGCUGAAAAUGAACUUUUAUGCUGCAUGUUCAAAUUUCAUAGUCAACAAUCCUUCACGGAAAAUCACGCGACUGCAGUUUGGAACUCUUCUAAAUAUAGCUUGGGGGAAGUCUGCUAAUGUAGAUAAUGGGGUCAGUGGUUUCAGAACAUGUGGGAUAAUCCCUUUGGAAGCGGAACGCAUACCAGACUAUGCUUUUUUAUCUGAAUCCACAGACUCCAGGCCUCCAGAGGCAACUGUUGACCCAUUAGACAUAUCAGAAGGUGUGGAUGAGCCAGGUAGUCUGGAUUCAAAUGAACAAGUUAAAAAUGAUAAUUACAGAACAAGAGAAUAUAACAAUAUUAAACUGGCAACUUACAAAAUCGUUAAUUGA